GAUGGCUGUACUCGCUACCUUCGAGGCUGCUUUCCGGUUACGUCAAAAGCAUGAAGCCGCGAGAUGCUGCCCUCUCACGAUAGCGGGGAAUCGUGCUUUCGACACUACGUGACAGAGGGCUUCGCGUGGGAGUAGUGGGGGAGCGGCGCGAGGAAGAAAAUGGCCGACGGGGCUACGGUAAAAGGGCAGGGACGUCGUGCGAGGUGCGCGCUGCGCGACACGAGAUUGCCAGUUUCGCGAUAGACCGCGCGAAAAAGGGCCGUCGAACUUCCGCCGGGAAAGGUCCCUCGUCGUCGCUCGCGGUCGCGCGUCCCGCCGGGAGGUCGUUCAGACAGGACUGGAGCCCGUCACCGUCGCCGUCGCCACCAGCGAUCGCUCGGCGCUACGAUUCACCGUUUUAAAAAGCGUUCGCGGAUCGAGUGUUGCAGCUGACGGAAGGGCUCGCCGAGAGAUAAAUCCAGUUUGCGAGUCAUAUCGCAAUUAUUAAAAUCUACAAUGGCAGUUAGGUAGUUGUGGAAAUUAACAUUGGACAUUUUUUGUGAACUUCAAUCGUAUUUUUAUUUAUUUGAAAAUGUAAAGAAUACGAUCAUAAUGAAGCCACAGAAAAAGGCUGUUGUUGCCAAAAAGGCAACUAAAAUGCCAACAGUCGCCAAAAAACGUCGCACAUUUAUAGAGAAGACCAUGCCCGAUGUGAGGAAGGAAAAGAAAUCAAAGAAAAAUGACAAAGUGGAAGAUUCAAAAAGGAAGAUAGAUAAUGAUAAGAAGAAAUUAGAGAAAGCCGAAGAGAGAAAAAAAUUUGAUGAUAAGAAGAAGAUGGAGGAUAAGAAAAAAGAACGAUCUGACAAGUCAGAUGAAAAGAAGAAACAGUUAAAUAAGGAUUAUGACAAGAAAGCUGACAAGAUUGACGACAGAAAGACAGAAAAAGGAGAUGAUAAAGCAAAUAACGAAGAAAUAAGUCAAGAAAAUAUGGAUAAGAAAAAAUUACAAAAAUGUGAAGAGAAAGGAAAAUUAGAAAAACAAUCUGCUGAUAAUAAGAAGAAAAUUGAGAAAACAGAGGAUAGAAAAAAGAAAUUAGACGAUAAUGCAAGUGUAGAGGAUAAUGUAAAGCCUUUAAAUACAACAGAAAAUAAGGAUUUACUUGAAAACAAAAUUGACGCCCAUCUUCCACUUAAGAAAAGAAACAAUGAUAAAAAGAAGGAUGUGAAACUUAUUAAAUCUGAUAUCAAGUCAAUUUCGAAGAAUUCCACCGUAAAGGAUAAAAAAUCUGAACGCAAGAAAAUUCCUGAGAAGGAAGUGGCAAGCAAGAUUUCUUCUGCUAAAACAAAGAAGGACAGUUCUAAAACAAAACAAGGGCAGAAGAAGAGUAUUGCAAGAAAAACAGUUUUAACAAAGAAGCCUCAUUUAUCGAUAGUUAAAAGAUUAGUGGACAAGAAGAUCAAGUUAGUCAAACCGGUGAAAGAUGAAGAAAUGAGCGAAGAUGAGGAUCCAGCCAAGAAAGCGAAGAAGAAGAGCAGCAGCAUUGUGAAGAGUAAAGUUUUGCAGGAGAAAAAACCAAAGCUGGCUAAACACAUGAAAGCCAAAUUGCCUCAGAAAAAUUCGAAGAUCAGCGCUGUUCUGAAAAGGGAAGAUAAAUUGAAAACUAUAACGGAGAAAAUUAUGGCCAAGAAGAAGUUGGAAUUAAAAGAGUCUGAGGAAGCUGGAGCCGAACAUAAAAAGAUUACAAAUAAAGAUGAAGUUUGUCAAGGACUAGAGGUGAGCAACAUUAAAAGCGAGAUUGAAGAAGACAAGGAUACCGAUAAGAGUAAAGAGGAAAGUCUUCAACCAAAAUUACAGGAUAAUAAGAAAGCUAUCAAAAGUGGUAACAAAGUUAGCAGCAAGAUUCCAAAGAAGACUGGAAAAAUGAUUAAGGUACAAACGGAGAGCAAUAAUCAAACAGCAGCUUCAUCCGAGGGCAUAUCUUCCGAGGAAAUUAACAAGCAGUCGAAAAUUUCCGAAGAUAGCGCGAAGUCUGCCGCGAAUUCCAAACAGGAACAAAUUAGCACUGAGAACACGGUUGAAUUGGAUUUAAAGGUUGAGGCGAUGAAUGGAGAGAGUGCCGGUGGCAUUACAUCUCAAUCUUCCGAGGACGAUUCUGACGAUGAAUACAAGAAGAACAAGCAGAGGGAUUCCAGGAAUAAAGAGAGGGCUAACUCACCAUCGGACGAACGGGCGCGACGAAUGCGACUUUUCGGCUUCUGGAGUGGACCAAAACGACACAGGGUCGCGUCAUUGAAUGCCUUGGCUAAAGUUCACUGCCUCUACGAGAACGAGACCGGUGGAGUCUAUCUUGGAGGUUUCUGCAAACCGAGCCCGAGAAAAAAAGAAAAGCCGAAGAAAAUGAAAGAAGAGAAAGAGGAGCAGCCACCGCGUAAGGAGAAGGAGAAGAAAGUUGAGUGCAAAACAGAAGAGAACGUUUUGAAGAGAAAGUUGAGGAAUGUGCCAGGACUACGUGGCAAACAUUGGGAUAUGAUGGAAAGUUCAUCAUCUUCGUCGUCCUCCGAGGAAGACUGCGAGAAGGAAAAGAAUAUCGAACCGAGCAAGAAGAAAAUGACCAAAAGGAGGAAGAAAAACGAGGAAGUAAUGGAUCUGAAGGACAUGGUUGUUUGCAAGAGGAUGGCCAGUCUUAAUGCCACUGCCAUUUUGGCUGCUUCCUACUCCGACGAGAAAAAUCGUUGCAGCGGCAGCAGCAGCAGCACUACUGAUUCCUCCUCCAGUGAAUCGGAAGUAGAGAUAAUUAAAAGACGUAGACAAAAUGACUCUGACGUAGAUAAGAAGAAGCUUAGACAAGGCUCGGAUCCGGAGGAUCCUCUUAUUAAGCCAUCCAAGAAAGUUGUCAUCGUUAACCAGGACACGGACGUCACUAUCACUGGUGUUUACGUCAAUCAAACCCGGUCCACCCACCAUGAGGGUUUCUGCAGUAUUGCUGGUAUGCAGUACAGGAUCAGCUCCACCAGUCACACUCAAACUGCAGCUACCGCAGUGGCUACUGAACUUCACGAUCAGCAAAAAACGGAACAGCCUUGCAAAUCCUACACACCACUGGGUGCAUUGUCCUCUAUGCAGCCUCCAGGUAGCCAGGGUAAUCAUCCUAAUAUGUCACCUCGCAGGCAUUCAGCAUUCUCAGCCCCUCAUCAGCACGGGUAUUAUCAGCCGGCUGGUCCACUGAUACAGCACCCACCGCCACCGCCACCGACUUUACCACCCGUUAAAGGUCCGCCCCCGGAACCGACACCCACGCCUCCGCAAAAUUCAGAGGGCUCGGACGAUUUGGUCGCCACUUCCACAACUUCGGGAGGCACAAGCAGCACGGGUGGAGGCUUUUAUAGGACAUAUUGCCCGCAGUACUACAACACGCCGCCGCAGUAUCCGGAUCUGUGUUAUCCGCCGACGUAUUCUCAUCCUCACGCUCAUCCGCCGCAUUACUACAAAUACCCACCCACUUACAGAAGGCAAUACUAUGGCUAUCAGGGAAGCCGGUGGGGAGGCGGACCACCGCCGGGCAGCGGGGGCGCCGGAGGUGGCCCUGGAGUCGUUGAUUAUCAGCCACCUCCGCCACCGCCCGGUGAAUAUCCGCUGCCACCCUAUUACUAUCCGACACCCCCCCAUCCGCCACCACCACAUCCACCGAAUCCGGCAUAUCUGCAUUCUCAGGGAAGACCUUUCGUAGACCCCUUUCAGGGUUGUCCAUGCCCGAUGCAAUCGUGUCCAAAAAACGUGGAUACUGGGGCCCUUAUUGGUAAUGGUAAGGGAGCGCCAGUGGUAUCGGGGCCCGGUCUGUCAUUGCCACCCAGUGCUUUGGUAGGUCCGCCCUCGCCGGCGAGGGGGCUAGCCGGGCUAGCACCCCCUCACGGUGCCAACGCCUGGGAUACGGAUCGCGUCCAAAUCAACACUCAUCGCAACCUAAAUCAGAACCAACCCCCCUCAGUCCCGUCGUCGCACAAUCUGGUCGGUGGACAUAGUCGCCUUCAAAGCCAAGACUGUAGAAGUAAGGACGAGCAAAAUUGUACGGAGGAUACGUUGCGAAAAUGUGGUUGUCAGAACGCCUGUACGUCCACCUGCGAAGUUAAGAUGGAGACAUUGUCGCCGACUGAGAAACUGUCGGUGACGGCGAAUUGUCCCAGCAAAUAUCACAAUUUCAAGCUAGAGAACAACAACGUCAAAUGCGAGUCCUGCAGCAUGGAGAUCGCCGACGGGCUGCCGUGCGUCGCCAAUUGUAACGUCGUGAAAUGCGAGUCGGACUACAAGUGCGACAUCAUGAAAUGCGAGCAGUGCAUGAAGGAAGGCCAGAUCGCUAUAUUGGAGAUGGAUAAGGACUCCGGUAUCGUACUGGAUGACAAGCUUGACGGCGAUCCCGAUGUGAAGGAGGAGUUGGACGUCGUGCUAAUCGACAGCGAUGAGUCCUGGAAGAAACCCGAUUAUGAAUCGACUGUACAAGAGACCGUCGAUGAUAAGGAUGAUGAAGACGAGGAGGAGGAGGAGGAGGAGGAGGAAGUCACGCAGGGACCGGCCGAGGUGGAGAUUGAAGCUGAAACUGAAGAGCAGCCCAAGUGCCAAAAGGUGACGAAGAGGAAGCUCUCGCUCGACAGUUUGUCGGACAGCAGAAAGAAGAGGAAGCUGAGCAAGAGAGCCCUGUCGGUCGGCUCGUCUCAGGAGGCGAACAACGAGCAAUCGGCGAGUGUGAUCGCGCCGAUCGAGCCGUUGCCGAAUAAAACUGACAGCGUGAGAGUCGAGGCGAGCGUGCCGAAGAAGAAGCAAGCGAAGAAGGACGUAGGGCCGCGAGGUCAAAAGCGCAAAGCGGAGGCGCCGAACGCGAAUGAGAGCGCGACGAAGAAGGCGAAGAGUUGUAAGCAGAAUGCGAUUAACAACGUCGGGAAUUGCUUGAAGCGAACCGCUAGCGAUAUCUCGAUAAUGGAGACCAUAGACGAUGUGAUACAGCAGAGCCUGCAAAUGACGCAGAGGAAGGAUCGCAAGAGCAAGAACUGUGAGCGCGUGGAGAAGAAAAAGAAGAGCAUAAAGGAAGAAUUGCCGACGGCGAAAAAAGUCGCGAAGAAGAUAGAUCAGAUGAAGCAGGCGAUUGCUGUCGAGAAAAUGUUGAAGGCGGUUUCGAAGAGUCAGUCCAAAGCAAAAGCGGACGUGAAGCUAAAAUCUAAGGCUCUGCAGGAGAGUAAGACUAAAAGUAAAAGUAAAGGUGGCAAGAUCGUGGAGACAAAAGUCCAGGAUACGAAAUUCAAGGUGCAGGAGUUGAAAGCGCGAGACGGUUCGAAGAAGCGCGACACCGUGUCCAAGACCAAAGCGAACGACAUUGGCGAAGACCCGAAGAAGUCGGCUGUAAUUAAGAAGAAGCGGAAAAACGCAAAGAAGUCGGUGAACGUCAAGAAGUCAGGCUGCAAGGUGGAGAACUCCUCAGUCGGAAACGAAAGCCUGACAUUAACGAGAAAAACGUUCCUGAAACCGAAGUGGAACAAUGGAUGGAGCUGGGAGGGGGAGCCCUUUGAAGCCAAAGUUUAUUUAACGAACGAGGAGACAGCCAUACGGCGAUGUUACGCGAGUAUGAGUCACGAGAGCGGCGACGUGCUGCGACCUAGGGACUGCGUGUUACUGAAAAGCGGUACGCGGAAGGGUGAUUUACCGUACGUUGCGAAAAUCGCUGCGCUCUGGGAGAAUCCGGACGACGGUGAGAUGAUGUUUUCGUUGCUAUGGUACUACAGACCCGAACACACGGAGCAGGGUCGAACGCCGCACGAUAGCGAGGACGAGGUAUUUGCUUCGCGCCAUCGGGAUGCAAACAGCGUCGCUUGCAUAGAGGACAAAUGUUAUAUCCUAACGUUUAACGAGUAUUGUCGGUAUCGUAAAAACUUACGGAGGAUCGAAGAGGGCUUAGAGAAUCCUGGCUUGAUAGUUCCGCCAGGGGACCAAGUGUAUCCAAGAGAGAAUCGGCAGCCUCCUAUACCAGUACCAUCAGACAUGGUGCUCUUCUGCCGACGUGUUUACGACUAUCGCGGGAAGAAACUCGUGAAGAAUCCCGGAUGACUCGAAUUCCUGUAAAAUGCAAACCGAGGAAGCUGAGGUCACACUGAGAACACAUUGAAACUGGCCGCGGGUUUCCUUUCAAGUGUAAUCGCGUCGAUCUGUUGAUCGAUUUGUCUUGAUUUCGAGGGGUAACGAGAUCCGAUUGUUCUUGUCGCGAAUUACCGGCUUCGCGAAAGCAGCCUCUACUUUCUGCACUUUUCGCCAUUCGCAUUUUAUCGAUUCGCUAGAGGAAUAGAUAGCGCUUCUACAUGAAGGAAUAUUCGAUUUUACCCAAAAGAAUUAUGGAAAAGUGAGGAAAGUGAAGUAGCGCGCGCGCGCGAGUGUUUCAACGAUAAUCGGAUUUCCUUCUACCCUUAAAAUGUAGGAAGAUUUUUAGAAUAUUGCGUCAAGAAAGACUUGCAGAAAAAGAAACGGCAUCUCGCGUAUAUCAUAUAUAUUGUAAAGCUAUCCCUAUCGCCGCUUGUAUUAAUCCGUCUUUCUAUCUUGCUCGUCUGCGGUAGCACGGAAAUCAUGAUGAAUCGUUCAUUAAUUCUGAUGAUAGACGUCGCGUCGAAUUCGCGUCGGCGGAUCGAGCGCGAAAAUGCGCGUCGAGCACUCACAUGCCGAAACAUAUAGAUCAAUUACAAGUUCCGGACGAUAUUUUUCCACGGGUGACAUUAAUCCGCAUGUUCCUCUCGCGAUCGCGUAUCUUCGACCGGGAUUCGGCUCGAGAACGCGCGCCCGCGCUCAUCGCCGUCCGCCCACGCGAACGAAACCGACGUACUCUCGAUAAACGUGUAUAAGCUGUUUCUAGGCGAGUUAGCGGGAUUUGACAAUUUUAUAGAGAGAAUCAUAUUUUUUGUGAGAUAGCAUUUUACACAACACUUAAAUGGAUAUUUUUCACAUAGGAGGUACAAAUGCACGACGCCGUCGCGUCGCGCGUCACGGCGCCUUAACUUGAAGGGAACCUACGAACAGUUUCAAUGAUAAGGAAUCAAAAGCAGGGACGAAAUUGCGGUUACUUAGCGAGAACAGCGAUAUAUGUAUAAGUGCUCUACCGUACUCCAAUCAAGCGUGUGCGACAUUACACUUCCAUCGUUCUAUGGUACACUUUUUGCAUCUAUCUCGGGGAUGCAGCUAGCUUUCGGAUGGAAACCCAACCGGCGCACAUAUGUCAUUUUCGUAAACGUAAUCAUUGUAAUAUGUAAAAUGCAUUUUUACAAACAGUGCCGAAGACAAAUGUUCCACAAUCAGAAGUGGCUCAAUCCGAAACAUUAGAUUGUACGAUAAGUUGUCAAUUUGAACAUCUUUGCAUGUCUUUAUUAGGAUUUUUGUGUCUAAAUAUGUACACAUUUAGAAAUCUUGUUAUUGUUGUUAUACUUCACAAGUGUUAAUUAUAGUAUGAUAGGUUUGGAUACUUUUUUUAAAAUCGAUUUAAUUGAUAUUGAUUUUUAAUACCUAAAAGGUAGCAAGAAAAAAUUGAAAAUCAGAGUGUUUUAAAGAGAAGAAUUGCGGAUCGAGCCAUUUCUAACUGACACGCCGCGUCUACGCUUAGUAAAGAGACCUUUGUUCGCUCGUUUUUUAAUACAAUUAUGACUCCUUCCAAGUAUACAGGAGACACAGACAUUUAAUAGCCAGGGACGUUUGUGUUUUGACCUGUCACACACCGCGAGUCGCUUCUACGUGCAGUUUUGAUUUCUUUUUUUUUUUACGAUUAUUCUUUUUACUUUGAUUCUUAACGAUCUCUGAGAUCCAUAAUGAGAGAGAAGUAGUUGUGUAUUAUCGCCUAUAACGUAGACGUAUAGAAAUAAAUAUAUAAUUUUGGUUCGUGUAAGAUCCAUGUAGCAAUUAGUCAGUACUCGCGGUAGAAUGCCAAAAAUAACCAAAACACAUUUAUGUCACACGAUUCACACGAGAAGCUUGACUUUUUUUUAUGCGCAUUAAUAUUAAUCACGACAGAAUUUAUCACCGGAUCAUUUGAUAAGUAAUUAUUUCUAUGGGAAUUCAUCGAAUCAUGUUGAUUUUGAUUAUUUACAUUUGUUGAGUGUAGCGGGCGUUUGUUGGAAAUUAUAUUAUUUAAAAUUAAUAUAUUGAUCAUAUAUGAUUAUUAUUUAAUAUCUAAUAUAUUGGACUUAGGCAUUAAGUUAUUUUGCGAGAGCGUAGUAAGGAAUAAACAGGUAGAACAGAGCGCGCGCGUGUUUAUGGCUGUAUGUGUUAUGUGUGCGUGCGAAGAAAGAGAAAAAGAGAAGAGAAGUUCAUGGCGAGCACUGUUAUAAAUGGGCGAGAAAAUCGAAAACGCGGUAAGGAGAGAAGCGAGACCAUGUCGACAGAUUCUGUUUGCGAGAAAUCUCACGAUACCGAUACAUUCUUUAAUGUGCAAAAUUUCUUCGUUGCGAUUCGAUGUAUCCGUUUUCAUAAUGUAUCCCGAUAACACUCGAUGAGAUGCGCUCGACGUAUUUGAUAAGGAUUUAGUCUUACGUAAACACCGUACACACAAUGCGUGGGUUUCAACGGACGCCGUUUCGAUUAAGUACCGAAAAACAAAAAACGCGCCGAAUCCUCACGCGAUGCACUUCCGCUUUCGACCGUGUUUAUCGGAAACCGAGAGAAACAAGGCGCUCCGGUCAAGCAUCUAACGCAAAAAUUCCAAAGAAACGCCGAUCCCGCGAGGGGUAAUGAAUUGCGGCGCUCGUCGGUAAUCCACCGGAUUCUUGCGUAAUCUUUUUAUAGGUAGUUUUAUAUUCCUUUUUAACGCGCAAAGAAGAUAACAGAGAGAGGCACGAAAGCGCAGAAGAUAACUUUUUUUUUUCUAGAGAAAUCGACCGUUACAGAUAGCGAAACCGGGAGAACAGUGAUACAGACGGAACAAUAAAAUAUUUGCUGAAGAAAUAUCGAGAAAGAGAAGAAAGAAAUUAAGAGGAGAGAAAAAGAAGAGUUGCACACGAGCGCGACUUUUUUAUCGUGUCACCGAAGACGAAGCGUACUCGUGGAGAUCAUCGAAACGAAAUAGGCGGAAUCGCGCGCCCGUGUAAAUAUUGUGUAUUCGCGUACGUGUAAUACCUAAAAAGAAAAAAAAAAGACAAGAGAGAAGAGCGCGGCUCCAUCCGAGCCGCGCGCGCAUGCACGGUGCGGGUGUAAUUUUCAGGAACUUACCUACCUAGCGACGGUUAACAUGGGAACAUUGCACACAAUGCAUAUCCUCUGUUCAUUUUACGUAGCCGACGUACUUUUUCCAUCGAGAGAAAGAGAGAGAGAGAGAGAGAGAGAGAGAGAGAGAGCGAAAGCAGGGAACUUCCCUUGGUCGUUCGUCAGGGCCCACGAGGUGUGCGAGGUCCGCGGCCUGCGCUUCUCUCGCUCCCUUCUUGCAUCCGCUUUAAUCAAAAUGCAACAAGUGUCGGCCGCGCGCGCUUGUCGAGAUCGGGCGCGUCGUCAGUCGCGUCGUCAAAACGCUCGUUCGAGACAUACCGUUCACGGGCGUGAACCGCCAAUGGAUUGACUCAUAUUGAGUAUUCACUCGAUUUGUAUUCAUCGUGAUAAUUUGUAAGCGACAAGGUGUAAAGGGAUCAUGUAUCUGAAUAUCGAAAUGAGCAAUGGGCGACUUCUAAACCCAUUAAUAAUAUAAGAGUAAACAUUAGACGCAUACUUUUUAUUAUUUGGUCCACUUAUGGCGAAGAGAUGCUGAGUUUUUUUAUUUGCGUGUCUUGUAUUACUUAACGAUAGCUUUUUUCCUUUUUUUUUUCAAAAUGGAAUAUUAGUCAGCGGAAGUCAGAUUUAAGUUAGAAAUCAGCCCAGAUAACACAAACACGUUCAAAAAAAUGGUAUAAAAUAUUGUAAGGCGUUUUAUGGGUUCUUGUAUUGUUUGGGAGAGAUACAAAGAUUCUGACUUCCACGAUGUAUUAAAAUGACAUUUAUGAAAUUGCUGGUUACAACACCGUCAUGAACAAAGACAUUAAAACAGAGGAUUAUUGAUAAAAUCCGAACAAAGCGUGAAAGAUUUAGUAGUAGUAGUAAAAUGCGAUGUUAUUUAAGACCGUUAUAUGUUAAUUAACAAAUUAAAACCGCGACGUUUCGUAACAUUCAACACUGUGAAUUGUGAAAAGGGAAGGACGUCCCGUUUCGACGUCGAUGGUUUCUCUAGCGUGCGGACCGCGAUCGUUGCCUGAUCUCGAGAACGCGACCGCUAUUUACGAACGAUCAACCCGAUGAACUUUCAUUGCGCGGCGUUACGCGGUUUGCCGUGCGGAUGCUCGAUUUCUUCUGGUUUAUUUGUUGGAACAGGAGAGCCGAGAGACGCGCGAUUGUACUCGUAGGCGGUGCCUCAUUCUCGUAGCUGUGAGACUUGUAUGCCCUCCUACAUUGCUUGUCUUUUGCUCUAUACAAAAAUAUUUGAUAUACGCAAUAUAUUGAAUUGAUGAGAACUUUUGUCUAGAUGAAUAUGGAUUCUGGGAUUAUUAUUGAUAUGAUUUUUAUAUUUAAAGAUAAGUUUAUAGCAAAUUAGAUGUUAUAUGGAUGUCUCUGAUUUUUUUCGUUCACGCUUUGGGGUAGAGAAUUUUAUAUAGAAUUGCGACUUUAUAUCGUUAUAAAAACAUUUUUAUUUUAUCUAUAUUGGUUCUUAUAUAUCGUUCUGAUCUUAUAUCAUUCUUAUAAUUAAUCUCUCAUUGUUCUAAUGUAGAUUCCUGAUUAGUAUUUUUUUAAGAGUAUUUCGUAAUAUUUUGAGAAAAAGUUUCAAUAUAUUUGUAAAUUUAAAUGCAAGACGCAUUAUACAUUAACAUCAUAUUGCAUAAUUUCAUUGCUUGGCUUGGAAUUUUAUUGCUUGGCGCGACGCAUGAAGCGAGCUAAAAAUAUUGCUCACGUAUCACUGAUAUUUUGUCCGCAAAUGAUUUAUAUGUUAGUUCAGUAUCAGUUGUUCUCCAAAAAUAAAUGAACUAUUUGAUCUAUUAAAUAUUUAAAUAAUCGAUUAAAUAAGAAUCCAAGUAAAGUUAACUUUUUUUCGAUAUUUUUCUUUUUUCAAAAAUAUCGCCUUAUUUAGAAAAAUGUCGUUGACACAAAUGAAAAGUUUUCUGUUAGCAAAUACUAUCGAAUAAUCGUAUCUUGUGUCUUCGCAGAUCAGUUGUUAUGUGAAACAUAUUGAAAAAAAUGUGCAAGACUCGCAGGUAGAUUGCAUUUCUAAAGAAGCGAGGCACGCCUAGGAAUUUCAUGCUUAUAAUUGUAAAUCAUUGCGAAGCGUCUUGAGCCGAGAACUGUUGACAGAAAUAAACAAGAAGUCUAAUUUACCAAGUGUCUUACUAAAGUAUCUAUUCCGAUUACACCAAUAAACGAUGGAUACGGGUUCUCAGUAUGAAAGGAUGUCAAGUAUAGUCGUUUGAUGUUAAUUACACGAACUUUGGAAAUCGCAAAACGUUCGGAAACAUCACAAUUUUCGGAAACCUAUAUCUAUUUAUAUUGUCGCUAUUAUAAGAAAAAGGAAGAUUGUAUCCUAUGAUAAAAAUUUACUUCUUCAUUCAUAACUCCGGAGAGCCGAAAGAAUUAUAAACUGAUUUAUUUUUGUGAUUUUAGAAACUGCGAUUUUAUGUUUUUGUUUAAGAAAAUCUGUACAUAUAAUUUUGCUUUGUCAUUUCGUAACAAUUAGCUGUUCGAUUGUCUUAUUUAAUUAUAUGUAAUUUUAUUUUAAAACCAUUUCUCGCAUUAAGUUUGCAUUGUAUCAAUACCUGCAAAAGAAUUUUGUAUUUUUCAGAUAA